CAACACAGAAAAUGCCCAGGGCAUUGUCCACUUCUGCUUCACUGUUCCGUUCACUUUUGCGGAAAACUGAACUCAUGGGGUUGAGUACAGAAUCACAGGCGAUGCAGUCAGCUGAAGUUGGUGAUAUAAGAAAGAAGUGGCACAUUCCUCCAGCUUUCAAUGUGGAAUUUAUAAGUUAUUAUUUGGACCGAACAAAUCGCUUAUCAGAAAUGAAAGACCGUUUAGAUCAACUUCUAACAGAAAAUAGGCAGUUGACUGAAGAAGAAGUGGAACUUAGAGCCAAAUUUAAUGUUAUGGAAAAAGAAUGUGAACAUAUGAAGUCAGAAAAUGAUAUGUUACUCAACAAAGCUUUGGAACUUCAUGAUCUCUUGAAAGGUUUGGCAGGACGACCCCUUCCUCUUCCUCCAGUUGUAGCAGCUUUACAUAACCCUCCGAGUCCACCAUUACCUACAAGACCUCUACCAAAAGGAAGCUUACGAACACCUAUCAUGACCAAGGCAGCUGCGAAGAUGAUGAUGACUGAACAAGUUCCUCCAGUGGGAGGUUAGUUUAAUAUUUUGAUUGAAACUUUUUGUCUAUGUUCAAGCUUUAUUUUGCACUUGUUUUAAUAAUUCAAGCUACAACUAAAUUGAAAGUUGUUAUACAC